CCUUCUCUUAGCUCUCGCGAUGUUUCGCCUUCCCGGAAGCCCUGGAGGACCUGCUUGGUUAACUGCAGUACGAUGUGUGGGGACUGUGUGGAGAAGGAAUAUCCCAAUCGGGGUAACAUCUGCCUGGAGAAUGGAUCUUUCUUGCUGAACUUUACAGGCUGUGCGGUGUGUGGUAAGCGGGAUUUUAUGCUGAUCACAAACAAGUCUCUGAAAGAGGAAGAUGGAGAAGAAAUAGUUACCUAUGAUCAUCUGUGUAAGAAUUGUCAUCACGUAGUUGCCAGGCAUGAAUAUACGUUCAGUAUCAUGGAUGAAUUUCAGGAGUACACCAUGCUGUGUUUGUUAUGUGGCAAAGCUGAAGAUACUAUCAGCAUUCUCCCUGAUGACCCCCGGCAGAUGACCCUGUUAUUCUGACCACCCUCCUGCAGUUCUGUUGUAACUAUGUUGUGUUGGUUUACAAUACAGCAAGCCUGAUGGCUUGUCUUCUUAGUUUGUAAUGGAAAUUAUUUGCAUAUUUUUCUCUGUCUGUACUUACCUAUUCUUCAAAAGAAAAGAAGUGAUUUAGGGGAUUGCUCUUCUCCAGAGCAGAGAGUUCUAAGUUCCUAGUUCACAUCAGUGCAGCCAGAGUGGGAGUACACCUAGUGCCCAGAUCUCGGUCCCAGUAAAAGGAACCAAGGGCUCCUUGGAGAAAUGACUUAUUCUAGGAUGGGGACUGUAAAUGUACAAGACGGACUUGUACAAGACGGAGCAUCUUGCACCACAGGAAAAGGAAGUGCUCAGAAAAACCGCAAUGAUGGGGCAUGUCAGAAGGACAGAAGAGCUACCUGGAGGAGCUCCCAGUGACCAGAGCUGGGACAAUCUGAAUAAAAAAUAGUAUUGGAUUAUAACCUGAACUAUGAAAUGAAUAUUCAUGAGUCCAUACUGAUAUAAACAAAUGAUUGAAUAAAUACAUACAUAAAAUAGAAUAGGCAAAUCUCCCAUCCAAAAGAUUUUCAAAUAACAUAUGCAGAUACUCCCCACUCCUUAAAUGUGGGUUGUGUGUCGUGACUUCCUUCCAGAGUAUAGUAUAGAAAGUGGGGACAGACUGGCCAAGAGCAAGAUUAGCAUCAAAGGGCAUAAGUGAUGUAAUAGCAUGUGUCCUUGAUGUGUUGUGAUGAGAAUGGCGCUUUAGCUUGGUGGCAUUCCUCCCCAAAACCCGUAACUCCAGUCUAAUCAUGAGAAAUAGAUGAUACAGAUCCCGUGCAGUUAAGGGACGUUCACAAAGUACUUGACCGGUGCUCCUGAGAACCGUCAAGUCACCCAAGACAAGGAAGUCGGAGCACGCUCACAGCCAGCAAGAACCUGAGGAGACACGAGUACCUAAACGUAAUUUAUGCUGAAUGGGAUCUUGCUCCAGAAAAAGGACCUUUGUGAAAACCGGGGAAAUCUGAAUAAAGUGUGGACUUAAGUUAAUAUAAAUAAAUAGAAUUAAAGUGUGAUUUACACUAUAAUCCCUGUUCCUUUGGGACCUCUAACUCUUUCAAUUGGAGCUUCAUGGGAAAGACCCAACACUUUGUCCUGGUGUAUCUUCUGAGGAUUAACUAAAUAUAAAUUUAGUUACCGUAAAUUUAGUUUCAGUUGCUCCAGAGGGAUCUUAGAAUAUUUUACUUUGAAAGAACACUACCUUGGGGGUCCUAAACCCUGGCAUUUAGGCCUCUGCCAUUUGAUAGCAGUAUAACCAUUAAGCAAAGCAUUACUCCAGACAUUAUGGUCCCCUUUUUAAAAAACUAGGCUCAUAGGAAUUGCUAGUAUAGUUUCUUUACAGUGUUGUUGGGAGAUCCAGUGAGUAAUGAAUGACACAAUGGGAUGGCUUCGGUACUUCUCCCUGUGAGACCAAACUUAAAAAGGCCAGGCAUUAGAAACAGAAUCAUUUCCUCUUCAUAUCUAAGGGACUUGGGCAUUGUAAACUUAGGCUUUGCUUAUAAGAAAAAAAAAGUGAGCAAAAUGUUCAUUAUUGAUUCCAGGGAAAAGCUUUGAUAUAUAACAGGAAUAAUAAUGACUGAGGUUUCUUGAGUACUUACUGUGUGCCAAGGCCUUUUUAAGCCCUCAUUUAAUCCUCAUUCACAACUCCAUGGGGGAAGUACUAUUAUUGUUCUGAUUUUAGAGCCAAAGAAACUAAGGCACAGGAAAUUAAGUAGCUUACUCGGGGCCACACAGCGAGUCCAGCGGCUCCCUCUCAACAAGAGUGUUCGGCACACAGAGGGUCUCAGGGUUGGGAAGAGGUCGAGAGUAUCAGUGACCGCACUCGGAGACAUCUAGGCACGUCAGCCCAAGAUGGAUUAUUUGGAAAAGUUAAGUCAGCUGCCCCUUAGGAAUCAGUAGUUUUAUUCCUGGAAAAUGUUUUCCACUUUCUGCAAAUCUAUAUCUGACCUGCUGAGGAAAUCAUUUGGUGAAAUGAAUCCAGAAAGCAGAGAAAAUGCUUCAUUACUUUAAAUAACAGCACUAAGCCCAUUAUAGCCUCAGAAUUGUCCCUUCUUAGAGUUUGAAUGCUUCCAACUUAGUCAUUUGGAGCUCAAGAGUAUGAUUUCAUAUGCCUGUACUGUUAUCUUCAUCUACUGAAUACUAUGUAAUUAUCUAUUUUGGACUAUACAAAUUUAAAACAUAAGAUCCUACCCACAUAUUUUAUUAUUAUUAUACCAACAUCGUGCUAUGUUUUGUGAUGCUUUCUUUUUCAUCUUCUAGAAUUUUUCUCCAGAUCUAAAAGAAUAAAGACCUCUGGAACCCAA